AUGUCCCCGUCCUACCAAACCUUCCCGCCCUCGAUCCAAUCCUCCGCCGAACCGAGCACCGACUCGAUUGCCGAAGAAGCCCUCCUCAUCCGCCGCCGCGACCCAGCCACCACCACCACGACGGCCGACACCUUCCUCACCACCAUGCCCGGCAUCUUCUGGACCAUCGGCUCGCUCUACGGCGCCGCCAGCGUCGCCUUCGGCGCAUUCGGCGCCCACGGCCUGAAAUCCCGCAUCGCCGACCCGCAGCGCAUCGCGAGCUGGAACACGGCCGCCCACUACCAGCUCGUCCACUCUGGCGUCAUCCUCCUCGCCUCGGUCGCGGCGCCGCAGAACAAGCUGGCCAUGGCGCUGCUCACGGCGGGCGUCGCCAUGUUCUCCGGGUCCAUCUACCUGCUCGUCCUCGACCCCGCCCGCUUCCGCGCCCUCGGCCCCGUCACCCCGCUCGGCGGCCUGUGCCUGAUCGGCGGCUGGGCCGCCCUGGCCUUCGGCCGCGGCAGGGUGCCCGUGCCGCCGCCGAGGGCUUGA